GUCAUCCACCCCCACCCCGCCCCUUUAACCGUGUGUCUGUCCCUGUCUGACUCUCUGAUUGGAAUAUCGACUCGAAACUUUCGUGUCGUCGGUUGUUCAGUUGUGUAAGCUGGAGGCGGCUUUGAGUUAUCGCUGACAGUUGUCUCCGCGUCGUCGCGCUGAUCAGAGAAUCCCCACCGGCCGUCUACGCCAAACGUCACUGCCACUGUAGCAGAAUGCGAAUCCACGGGUGGAACUUGUUAAAAGUUGGCACAACUGUUUGCUCACUGCAAUUCUUCGGCACCCGAUUUGUUACCACUAACGUGUCGCCCACCAACACCAACAAGAUGGCCGACUGGAAGAGCGCCUCGUCCGUGUACGACUUCACCGUCAAGGACAUCACCGGCAACGACGUGUCGCUCGAGAAGUACAAGGGCCAUGUGCUGCUGAUCGUCAACAUCGCCUCGCUGUGCGGACUCACGGCCACCAACUACAAGGAGCUCGUCGAGCUGGACGAGAAGUACAGGGAGAGCCACGGCCUCCGCAUCCUGGCCUUCCCCUGCAACCAGUUCAACGGACAGGAGCCCGGCACGUCUGACGACAUCGUCUGCUUCGCCAAGAAGCAGAACGCCCACUUCGACCUGUUCGAGAAGGUGAACGUGAACGGGGACGACGCCAGCCCGCUGUGGAAGUACCUGAAGCACAAGCAGGGCGGCACCUUCGGAGACUUCAUCAAGUGGAACUUCACCAAGUUCGUCGUGGACAAGAACGGGCAGCCCGUGGAACGACACAGCCCCACCACGGAGCCACACAAACUAGCCGCCGUCCUCGAGAAGUACUUCUAAGAGGAUCAACAAAGAUGCAGCAUAAUGUUUUUACUGUUUUUAGCUGUAGAAUGCAGUAGGACUCUUCUCUUGCAACUGCUUGGUAGACUCGUGAGACGUAGAUAUUAUAUUAUUUGUUGGUUUUCUUUCUGUUAGUGUUAAUUGCCUUGUAGUGUAAUGUCAAAUGCUCACUUAUGUCUACUUUCAUUUUCUCAAGACAUUGUCCUUUUGGAAAAUGUACCUCUUAUUACACGUUUUUUAAAAUAAUUUGCCUCUAAAUUAUUGUUUUAGGCUUAGUUUUUUACUCUAUGGUUGAUUACUAACACCAUUUUAAAACAGUGACAAUAAGAACAAUUUAUUGUUGUUUUUCUGAAAAGGCGUGCCAUUAGUAAGUUGGCUAGUGCACGGUGUUGGUGUUGUUUUACUCGGUCAUCCCAGCACAAAAUUAGAGAUACUCACUGUUUCUUAAUUUGUUUAAUGCGCCAAUCUGUUUUAAAUCACAUUUCCAUUGUGUCAUACUCGCUUUCAUGUGUCUUUCCCCCCCUUUUGCAAGAGCAACGGAUGCUUUGCAGUUGUCUUUUUCUCAAUCAAUGUCGAAAAUUCCAUCACUACUGCGAGGCACAUUUUGUGUGAAGACUGUCAAGCACCUGUGUGCACAUUAAGGCUGUGUAUCAUCUGAGUAAAUUAAAUUAAGUUUGACCAAA